UGAGUGGCGAUUCGAGUAACUUCGAACAAACAUUGAAACAUUGAAAUCGCAUUGGAAUACCCAAAAAAAUCAAAGAGUUUUGACAUUUCCCCCAAUUUCCUCUGACUGUUAUUGUUUAUGAAAAAAUUCAUAAUUAUCAGAAAUGGCUGGUGAAGUUAUUGUUGAUGCGUUACCGUAUAUUGAUCAAGGAUAUGACGAGCCUGGUGUCAGAGAAGCGGCUCUUGCUAUGGUCGAAGAAGAAACUCGACGCUACAGGCCUACAAAGAAUUAUUUAGAACAUUUACCUCCAUUGAAUAUUACUACGUUUGAGACUGAAAUAAUGAAACACGAAUUCGAGAGAAUGCAAAAUCGUUUGCCAAUGGAAGUCCUGAGUAUGAAGCGUUACGAACUGCCACCUCCUCCACCUGGAAAAAUGAACGACCUUGCUGCCUGGAACGAAAGUGUUGAAAAUAGUAGCGCACAAUUGGAGCACCAAGCUACACGGAUAUGUAAUUUGGAAUUGAUGAUGGAUUAUGGAUGCGAAGCAUGGAAAGCUUAUCUCGAAGUGUUGGUACAAUUGGUAAACGAGGCACAAAAGCAAUUGCAAUCCCUUCGAAAAAAAAUACAAGAGGUCAAUUGGCAGAGAAAAUCAAUGCAAACGCAAGGCGGAGAAAAAUUGAGAGCACUUGAGGCUCAGUGGGUGGGUCUGGUGUCAAAAAAUUAUGAGAUCGAGCAGGCCUGUGUUCACAUAGAAGAAGAAAUGUAUAAAUUGAUGACGUCAAAGGUGUCGGAAGCUCAAGAAAUCGCUGACGUACCCAGCGAGGAACAGGAGCCAGCAAUACCAGAAAAUAAUGCAACUGAAACAAUGGCCAUGGAUGUUGGCAAUAAUCAAGAAGCAGAGCCUGCGUGAUCAUUAGACUAACUUGAGUGUUUUAAUGCAGUGAAUGAUCCAAUCAAAAUGACAAUUAUGGAAAAACCAAAAAAUCUAUUGAAAACAUCAAUUUGUAUACCUCAAAACAAAUAUGAAACAAACCCAACUGUAUCAUUGGACCUUUCAUACGUUUUUAUAUUCGUUCAAAUAUUUUGCAUUCGGGUGAGUUCGAUUUCUGUUUUCGGUCAUAGGUUUUCAAAACCAAAAAAUCUUGAUUCGAACGAAUAAUUAUCCAAGACCAUAGUGGAAUAAAUGUAAAUACAGUACGAAUUUUAAUAAAGCACAAUUUAUAUAUCA